GUAUCCCAUGUCAACCACGUGUUCAGAUCUCAUUGGCUAGAACUUUCUUUACAAUUUUCUCUGCGAAAGGAGAAAAGGAAGGUGUCAAGUGUCACAGUGAAUCUUGGCGAAGUUUGCUCUCCUCCAUGAUCUCAUAAUUAGCAAAAAAAAUGAAAAUAUUGGUCUGUUGCACGUUUGUUCUCAAACCCCUUUUUGUGUUUCUGACAAAUCUUCUCUCUCUCUCUCUCUCUGAUUCCUGCUUAAUUGAGGGAGAAGAAAACAAAGAAAAGAGAGAGGUCUGCAUGUUGUUUUGAUGAAGUAAUAAGAGAAAAUUCUGUGAGGGUGUAGUACAGAAUAUCAAGUUAUUGUUGGGCGAGAGGAAGAGGGAGAUCAGAUAUGUUGCAGCGAGCAGCAAGCAAUGCAUAUUCAUGGUGGUGGGCAAGCCACAUCAGGACCAAACAGUCAAAAUGGAUGGAGCAAAACCUUCAAGAUAUGGAGGAAAAGGUGCACAAUGCGCUUAAGCUCAUAGAAGAAGAUGGAGACUCAUUUGCCAGGAGAGCAGAAAUGUACUAUAAAAAGAGGCCAGAGCUGAUACAUUUUGUGGAGGAAUCAUAUCGAGCCUAUCGAGCUUUGGCCGAACGGUACGAUCAUAUUUCAACAGAGCUGCAAAAUGCCAACAAUACCAUUGCUUCUGUUUUUCCAGAACAAGUGCAGUUUGCAAUGGAAGAAGAGGAUGAGGAAUCAUCAACACCUAGAUUCAAGAAGCAAUCAGAGGUCUCAAAAGCCAAUAUUCCAAAGGUUCCACAGAAUCCUAUCAAAGAUUUGAAGAGCGCCAUUGCAUCGGCUACAGAGAAAAUGCAACCUAAGAAACCGACAAAAACAGCGACCACUCAUGCAGUUCACAAGUCCGGUUUGAGCAAGCCUGAGGCGCUUGAGGAGAUUGACAAGCUUCAGAAACAAAUUCUGGCACUUCAAACAGUGAAAGAGUUUACAAAGAGCACUUACGAGAGUGGGCUUGCAAGGUACUGGGAAACUGAGAACCAAAUUGUAGAAAUGCAAGAAAGAAUUUGCAGUUUGCAGGAUGAGUUUGGUGCAGGCAUGGUCAUUGAAGAUGAAGAAGCCCGGACUUUGAUGGCAGAAGCAGCUCUGAAAUCAUGCCAAGAAAUGUUGGGUCAGUUGCAAGAGAAACAAGCGAGAUCAACAGAGGAAGCACAAGUGGAGAGUGGAAAGAUUAAGAAUGUCCAUGAGAAGUUCAAGUCUCUAAAGCUUGAGUUUCAGCACAGUCAGAGUGCGGAGGAAAGACAAUCUGCAGAAAAUAAAGCUAAGCAAGCAGUGGAAGAGGUGAGAAGUGUAAAUUACCAAGAGCGGACUGAUGCAGAAGAGAAGGACUUGGAACUGUUAAGAGAGAAAAUUAAGGCACACUUUGAGGUCGGUUCAAAUGCAUCUCUCACCAUAACAGAACUUGCAGAGAAGAUUGAUGAGGUUGUGAACAAGGUGAUCAGCCUAGAAACUGCACUCUCAUCACAGACGGCUCUCAUACAGACAUUAAGAACAGAGACAAAUGACCUUCAAUCACAUAUUCAGACCUUGGAAGCUGAUAAGGCAACAUUGGUCCAUGGCAGAAACGAUAUGAGCAGUAAGCUGAAAGAGAUGGAAGGAAAGUUGCACAAGCUUCAGGCUCUGAACAUGAAUGUCGAAGAUCAGAAAAACAACCUACAAACUCAUUUUACUGAAGCGGAAUGCAAUCUCAACCGCCUUUCUGAGAAACUGCAUAGUGUGAAGCCAGAUGAGGAGAUUGAGACUCCGGUUCCAUCUCAAAGAGUAGAUGACACUCCAUCAGUCAAAUCAAAAGAACAAGGAAGCACAGUGAUUCCUGGUGAUGAUUUCAAAAUACAGGCAGAUACGAAGCCAUGUAAGGUGCUCAAGACUUCACAGCCAUCAGAAAAAGAAGAGGAAACCCCCACCGAAAUCAGAUUGACAAAAGAGUCCGCAGAAGAAGAAUUGAAACUGAACCACCACGAUGGCUCUGACAAUGCUAUGGAUGUUAUCAAAAUGGUAAAGGAAGAAAAUGCAAAAGAACACGAUAUUGGCAACUCUGACAGAACCUCGGAAGAAAAUGUAAAUCAAUCCAGGACAAAGAAUGAACCUGAAAAUCUUUCAGAGGCAUUUGAAGACCAAAACCCGUCAGAAGUUGGUGAUAAACAAGUUUUACCGCAGAAAAUGGAUAAUCUUCUCACAGUUGAAGCACAGGAAGAGGUGAUGAAGCAGGAGGAUGAGCCGAACUGGAAGGAGUUGUAUAUGAAUGGUAUGGAGAAUAGAGAAAAAGCUCUGUUGACAGAGUAUACCACAGUUCUUCGCAAUUAUAAGGAUGUCAAGAAGAAGCUGAGCGAGGUAGAGAAGAAACCUGAAGCGGAUAAGAAACCAGGGAAUACGCUAUUUGAUAUGACAUUGCAGCUAAAAGAAAUGAAGAGCGCCAAUGCCAAGAAGGAUGGACAGAUACAAUUACUACGUCAGAAGCUGACCCUUCUACAAGCUGGCAUGGGAGAUGACAGCUUGUCUGAUGAUCGAUCUGAGAAAACAACUGUAACUGAAAACCCGGCUACUCAGCCAACGGAGAGAGACUUGACAGAAGACAUUGACAUUCUAGUAGAGCAACCUGAGACUUCAGAAAUUGAAGACAGGUUCCGGUUAAACAUUGAUGAACUCCUUGAGCAAAACUUGGAUUUCUGGCUAAGGUUCAGCACUUCUUUCCAUGAGAUACAAAAAUUCGAUACUGAGGUGAAAGACUUACAGGGUGAGAUAUCAAAGCUUCAGGAGAAACGAAAGAAGAGAGAAGGAAGCAGUACCACAAAAUAUUCUCUCACAUCAGAUGUUCGGCCAUUAUACAAGCACUUGAGACAAAUACAGACUGAACUAACACUCUGGCUGGAGAAAAGUGUGCUCCUGAAAGAUGAACUCAAGAGCAGAUUCUCAUCUUUGUGUGAAAUUCAGGAAGAAAUAACAAAGGCUUUGAAGGCAAGUGCUGAAGAUGAUGACUUCAAGUUCACAAGUUAUCAAGCUGCAAAGUUCCAAGGUGAAGUUUUGAACAUGAAGCAAGAGAACAACAAAGUUGCAGACGAAUUGCAGGCAGGUUUGGAUCAUGUCACGAAUCUCCAACUUGAAGUUGAAACGACUAUGGCAAAUUUGCGCGAGGAAUUUGGGGUUUCUGGAUCAAAGAAUGGCCAAAAUAUCCAGCUGGAACAUUCAGACAGUAAAUCUAGAGUUCCUUUGCGAUCAUUUAUUUUCGGUGUGAGAGCAAAAAAGCAGAAGCAUUCGAUCUUCUCCUGCAUGCAUCCUGGCUUGCAUAGGAAAUACAAUGGUUUCAGAUCAGGACUUCAUUAGAUUGUUUCGCCGUGUUUAUUUAUGUACAAUUUACUUUUCAAGGAGCUUCUCUUCUUCUUUUUGAUUUUUGGUGGUAUAUUAAAAGAAACCAAAACCUUCCCUGUUCUCUUUUUCAUUUUUGAACAGGGAAAGAGACGUUUUGUGUGUUGUGAAGAUGUUUAGAGUUUGAUAGUUGUUAAAACAACAAAUCCUUACCAAUUUUGCAUUUUUGGUUUUUGUUUUCUUGGAUUCUGUUUCGAUUUCAGAUCAAUUUUGCAUCAUUUCUUUAUUCAACAAGAAAGCAAUGCGACUUUGACAUGGUUCUUUCUUUAUGUUGGACUUAUCUCUAUAGAGCUUCCAUAGAAAUUUUCUUGCUGUCCUUUUCUUUUUUGCAUAUUUUUCUCUAUUCUGUCUAUUGCUCUUUAAAUGAAAACUAUACUUAGGAUGAGACAAUAAACUGUCAAUGUCCAAGUAGACAAUUCACAGAGACGAUGGUUCAUGUACUUAAAUUGCCUUAGCUUGAAGCCUUUGAACCCUUCUUUUUUUAAGAAACCAUCCAUUUUUAAAGCUUAAGCUAGACAGAAUGAAACCCAACAACAUUAUUAUUUAAUAUGUUUAAUUGCGGAUACACCAACUUGGAUAAUCCUGAUGACCAACGGAUAAAGAGAGUAGACCAUCCUCCAUAUGAAAAAAACAAUAAUACUAAUAACCAAGAUAAUUUUUGAAGUUGAACAGAUUGGUUGAUGGUGACAAUUGAAGAAAUACCUCAUCCGACGAGCACAUUUCACAUAGGUACUGACAAAGGACUGCUACCAAACUUAUGUUCAUACCUCCAAAUCGAUUACUUCAAAUGAUCUUUUAUGUGAAAUCUAAGCCUGCAACUAUGGAAGGACUUGAUCAUG